AUGGACUCCUCCAACCACUCGCAGGAGCCCCUGCAUACGGGGACCCCGGGGCCUUUCGAUUGCCCCCAGUGGCCCCACCAGGCCCCCCGGGCCUCGCAUGUGGUGGCCGUGCUGAUGGGCAUCGUUGUGGUCUCGGCCUUGGUUGUGAAUGGCUUGGUCAUUGUGGUUUCCAUCAGGUACAAGAAGCUCCGAUCACCCCUGAACUACAUCCUGGUGAACGUGGCUGUGGCCGACCUGCUGGUGACGCUCUGCGGCAGCUCUGUCAGCUUCUCCAACAACAUCAAUGGCUUCUUCGUGUUUGGCAAGCGGAUGUGCGAGCUGGAGGGCUUCAUGGUCUCCCUGACAGGCAUCGUGGGGCUGUGGUCCCUGGCCAUCCUGGCCUUCGAGCGGUAUGUGGUGGUCUGCAGACCCCUGGGAGACUUUCGGUUCCAGCAUCGGCACGCCGUCAGUGGCUGUGCCUUCACAUGGAGCUGGUCACUGCUCUGGACGACCCCACCGCUCCUGGGCUGGAGCAGCUACGUGCCUGAAGGUCUGAGAACCUCUUGCGGGCCCAACUGGUACACGGGUGGCAGCAGCAACAACAGCUACAUCUUGUCCUUGUUUGUCACCUGCUUCGUGAUGCCCCUCGGCCUGAUUCUCUUCUCCUACGCCAACCUGUUGAUGACCCUGAGAGCGGCUGCGGCGCAGCAGCAAGACUCGGACACAACACAGCAGGCGGAGCGGGAGGUGACGCGCAUGGUGAUCGCGAUGGUGAUGGCCUUCCUCGUCUGCUGGCUGCCCUACACCACGUUUGCGCUGGUGGUGGCCACCAACAAGGACAUCGCCAUCCAGCCAGCGCUCGCAUCCCUGCCCUCCUACUUCUCCAAGACCGCCACGGUUUACAAUCCAAUCAUCUACGUCUUCAUGAACAAACAGUUUCAGAGCUGCCUGCUGAAAAUGGUGAGCUGCGGUCACCACGCCGGGGGGACAGGAAAAGCCACUCCAGCUGCCCCCGGCCCCCGUGCAGAUGGGCUGCGGAAUAAGGUGACACCGUCCCACCCCGUCUAA